AUGCCGCAAGCCGUCCCCGAUAACCAAGCUCGAGUCAGCGUGGGCAGCGUCUACAGGCCCAGCCAUGGCGGACGGGGUCUCCCCGACUUGGUGCCGGACCCCAACUAUGUGCAAGCAUCCACCUACGUGCAGCGAGCUCACCUGUACUCGCUGCGCUGCGCAGCCGAGGAGAAGUGCCUGGCCAGCACCGCCUACACUGCCGAAGCCACUGACUACGAUGUGCGGGUGCUCCUCCGGUUUCCCCAGCGGGUGAAGAACCAGGGCACAGCUGACUUUCUGCCCAGCCGGCCCCGGCACAGCUGGGAGUGGCACAGCUGCCACCAGCACUACCACAGCAUGGACGAGUUCAGCCACUACGACCUGCUGGAUGCCACCACGGGGAGGAAGGUGGCUGAGGGCCACAAAGCCAGCUUCUGCCUGGAGGACACCACCUGCGAUUUUGGCAACCUGAAGCGUUACGCCUGCACGGCUCACACCCAGGGUUUGAGCCCGGGCUGCUAUGACACCUACAAUGCUGACAUCGACUGCCAGUGGAUUGAUAUAACGGACGUACAACCGGGGAAUUACGUCUUAAAGGUUCAAGUCAACCCCAAAUACAUCGUCCUGGAGUCGGACUUCACCAACAAUGUGGUGAGGUGCAACAUCCAUUACACUGGGCGCUACGUUGCCACGACAAACUGCAAGAUUUCCCAGUAA